UGUAUUCUUUUAAUUUUUUUAUAGAGUUAAUCAUCUGAUUUGGAAAUGGGGUACUUUUGAUCGCCCAAUUAGUCAGUAUUUAUUGAUGUUACAAUACCUGUACAAGUUUAAAUUGAGGUCCCCAAAUUCAUAUUUGAUGCCAAAAGUCCAAGUGGUCAUGAACAUUUUGGGGUAUUUGAAAAAAAAAUAAAAAAUAAAAAAUAUCAAGGCUAGAAAUAAUGCAAUUUUCUAUCGAAGUAAGAAAUAUGUUUAGUAAAUGGAAAAUUUAAUUAAAAAAGCAUUUAUUCUAAAGCUGGUCGGUUUCAAGUCAUGUGUAGCUGGUAGAGGAAUAUUGAGUUCCACAUUGUUGCAAAACGUGGAUUUUUGAAAAUGUAACAAACUGCGAUAAGAAAAACAGUAAAGAAUAAUCGGUUCAUUUAAACAUUCAUGAAACUCGAUUUCCAUGACCCUUUAUAUCCCUUCGUAGCUAUAUAUGAGCUGUUUAACAAAACCGAAAUUCAUGAUCAGAAACAGAUUGAAUGAAAAUGAUGAUUUGAACAUUUCAUGAGCAAGUUUCUGCUGAUCAAUGCUACCCCAUUUUACGGUAUGUUUGUUUUGUACUUGGGGCUGCUCCACUGCAAUGCCAUAUGUAUGUUUGCAAAUUCGGGUUGAGAUAAAGUUCCAAAAAUUCCCAAUACGAACAGUGGGUUCAGUUAAAAACACAAAGGCAUAUUUUAGGUUGAUACUAGUGAAGUUUUGAAAUUCAAUUAUGUUUCAAAAUAUUUGUUUUGAAUUUUUAAAAUAUCUUUUACAACACAAAAAAAAACAGAUUAAUCCACCUAGUGGUGAUAGUGCCUUUCUCGUCGAAUAUGUAUUCAAGAGCCAUAAGCCGAAGUGUUCCUGAAUUCUGAGAAUACUCUACAACGGAACAAAUCUCAUUUUCUUCUUUUGUCACAGUGCUCGUUGACUUAUCAAUGGGGGAGUAGAGUUGAUAAAUAAUUAAUGUAUUUGAUGAAAUAAAUACAUAAACAAUUGAGCAAAUCCGCUUAACUCAUCGGAUAUGAUAAUAAAUUUUCUGAAGGACUCUAAUUUCACUUUAAAAUUUAAAGUGAAAUAAGGGGGAUUAGGGGCAUAAUGGACACCCUAAUCAAAUGAGUACGUUAAGCCAGGAACACAUAGCGUCCGUUCCGUCGAGGUUUGCGUUUUUUGACAGUUUUCCCAUGGGAAAUGUGUCAAAUUACUGUCACGCACACGCAAACGUUGCAUUGUGUGGGACACUUUAGGCCUGUACAACAGAGAAAACCUUAACAUAUUAUCAGUUGGCUUACAACUUUAGUUUGUUUCCUACGUAUUUCAAUAAUUUACAGCAAGUAGAAUGUCUUUAUUGUGAAGAAAUAAUGAAUUGUAAAUCGUGUUUUUUUUUUGGGCUGGCAUAGAAGGUACGGGGCGAAAUGGACACCCAUUGGGGCAUAAUGGACACCCCUGCAUAUUUUAUGCUAAUUCUUUAAUAACAUCGAUCAGUUAAGUAAUUUGCCCACGGAGAUCGAUACCACAGAUGAAAUACUCCAUUAUAGACGUGUUUACAUAACAUCCAAAUUAAUUAAAUAAACUUAAGGCUAAAAUAAUCCAAUUGAUUUUUUUUCCAAACACUCUUAAACGCCUAACAGCAUGCAAUGCGCGUACAUCCAUUCGUAAUUGCCAGUGUUCAUUUCGCCCCAAAUCAACUACAACAUUGAAAUUUCUAUUUUGAGUAAAUUCUAAUCACAAAUAAAUUACUUUAUCCAUUGCUAAAUCUACGUAUACAUGCAGAAAAGGUAGCAUUUCACCUGUUUUUAUGGUGAACACACUCAAACACUCGUAAUACCUUAUUUGCUGCAGCGUUGAAAUUAUAAGAAUUUCACCAUAUGAAAAACAUGUUUCAAUUUCAAUGAUAUUUAGGUUAUUUUGGAGGCAUAUGAAUGGUACUUUUGAAAAAUAGAACGAUGACUUUUUCCUUUAUACUUAUGCAUCAAAAGUUUAGCAUAAAAGUCAACGGUUUCGGCAAAAAUAGGGGUGUCCAUUUCGCCCCGGGUGUCCAUAAUGCCCCGAUCUCCCCUAUUUAUUUGUGCCCUUCCUCAAAAUGAUGAAUUCCGAAUCAAAUUUUCAAAGGGACUUAAGAGAAAAUCGAAAUUUGUGUCAGCCUUAUUCAGAAAAGCAACAAUUAUAUCAAAGCCAUAAUCGAAUUUGAAAACUUAUUGAUGGCUCAUAUUCUGAAGUUAUGUAUUAUGUUAAACGUAUAAGCAGAGCUGAAAAAAAUCAAACCUCUCAGUUGACUGUUUGACCACCUUCACUAGCACUGGAUGCCGAUCAUUAUCAAGAUAGUUCGGCAGUUUUUUUCUGCGCACUUUACUGCCUAUAACCGCAUAAUUGUAACAUUUGCAUAUUUUGCUGUUAUUGACUUAAUAUCGGGGAUCAUCACCAAAUUACAAGUACUUUCGACUACCUGAAUAAAAUUUUCAAGUUUGUUCUAGGAUUUGUGAAAAAACACCAAGUCGUUUUGUCUCGUUGGUUUAUUUUCUGACAAUAGGUCCAGCAUACAAGAAGUGCUGUAGAAGAUCUUAUUGCUAAACAAUUGAUUACGAAUUAAUGAAAAAUGUUUACAAUGUCGGUUCAUUCCCAUACUAUUAAAAUUUGCAACUUUGAAUCCCAUUUUCUCCAAUGCCUACUUCUGUCGAAUGUUACUGUUAUGCAAUUAUGGGCAGUUUAGCCUUUAUUCUAUUAUCAUUGGUUAUAAGAUUGUUGUAAAAUUUGACAAAAAAAGUGCAAGAUAGUGAAAUUUCUUAUAAUAAAACCCAUUCAAAUUUCAACCAUGUUACAGAGCGCGAGGGCUAAACCAGUUGCAUCAAAAUUGUGCGUAGUAAUUUCAACCGCAAAAGGGUAUUGAUGCUAUAAAAUUAAAAUUUCCCCAUACAACGUUGCUUCAUCCUACUGUAUAAUUACGUCUCAGGAAUCUAAAAUGGUGUGAUUUGACAAGAUUGCUUUAAUUUUUAUUAAGAUUUUGUUCUUUUACGCAUAUUUAUCGCUUGCAUUGAUUUUGUUCACCUUCGUAAUUUCAGCGAUGCAUCCAAUCCUGAUUCUGCAACACUGACUGCUGGUAAUCUUAGGUGUGGUCAGAGACUAUUUUCAUGCUGCCCGUUUAUCUGGUUAUCCAACAUUUUUGAUGAUUUGAUGUUUCAUAUGCAUGGAUUUGGUUCGCUUUUUUAACUGUCCACUUCCGGUGGGACAUCUGGAACUGGUUCCGGAACACAACCGGUUCAAGUAUGUUAUUUGUGGAUUGAUUGUGUAAUUAUCGGUGCCAUAUAUCGGAAACAGCUUGUUAAGCGUUACGCGUUUCGAUCUACUAUUCUUUGGUCGUCAUCAGACGCAUUCAGUUGGAUACACCCUUCACCUUCGUCAGUUUAAUAUAUAAGCGGUUCAGAUAUGGUCUGAAACUAUUUUCCUGCUUACCGUUACUAAAUUAAGAAAGAACUUGAGUUUAAGUAAUUUAUUUAUAAUUUUUUAAAAAUUUGGGUCCGAAAAUGUAAUUUAAAAGUAAAAUUGAUGAACAAUCAGAGAUAAUACCUCAGCAGAAAUAUUGAAAAAAUGAGAUAAUAAAUGGUUCUAGUGCAUGGAAAGCAAUAGGCCAACGUUGUAUCCACUAAUAGGCCAAUUUUUGUACCAUAGACCAACGUUGCAUACCAUCGCAACGAAUCUUUUCAACUUAAUUAAGUGAGUUCUUGAAUAUUUACGUUAGUUUAAUUCCAGUUGGUGAAACAUGCAUUGCCUACAGUGUGUAAUAGGGUCAACAUACCAUUUCUAGUGCUAUUAAUUCAUGAGUUAUGGUCAAAGUUGUCAAGGCAGCUUGCAAAUUAGGCCAAGGAAUGGUACAUAUACCCUAGUUGCCACUGCCCGUUUAGGUCACCAGCGCUGGUGGCAAUAUUCUUGCCACUGCCCGUUUAGGAUACUUUUCUUCUUUGGACUUCAACAAAAAGCCGGAAAAGAGAUUUUAAAGUGGAUUAGGGCUUAACCCAUAAUAUAAACUGUGUAGUUCAGCUCAUGUCAACCCAUAAUUUGAUUAUUUCUUAAAAUAUUUACCAAAUCUAUAAUUUUACUAUAAGUUUGAGCUAAUUUUCUUCACGCGGUCAAAUUUAGCCAUUUUUGAGACUACAAAUGGCUCCCAAAUUGUUGUUAAAGCUUUGUUUAGUAUCAAAAAAAAUACCAGGCGUUGUUAGUAAUCCCAAUUUUGCGUGAACUAAAAAAAAAAGUUUGAAAUAAAUUGUUAUAAAACAGAAAAAAAUACAAACAGUAGGUGGCAAUAUAGUUGCCACUGCCUUACAAAGGGUUAAAGAAUCAUGCACUGAAGAAAGGCACUGUCACCGCUAGGUGUAUUAAUCUGGGUUUGGGUUUUUUUUUUGUUUUCACAGCGUAAAGUGCUGCUGAGUACCAUGUGGAGUCCGUCUCAACUCACCUUAAGUUCGCUAGUAAUGCACUGAUGAUUGAACGAUGCUCAUUCUUCGGUUUUCUUUCAAAUGCACAAUUUGCCCAGGUAAGCCGAGAAAAGUUCCCGAUCGGAACGGAAAAUGAAUUCGUGGCCUAAAUUUUAUGAAAAAUUGGGUUCAAUCAACAUUUUAAAGUUGAAAAUGUUUACUUAAGACAAAACUGGCUGUAUAUCUUCAUUUUUUGUUUUUGUUUUUUUUUUCAUUAAUCAAUAACGGAGCAAUGUUUCCAAAAUCGGUUUCCAUAGACAUUUAGAGGAAGCAUCAAGGUAUCUCUUGAUUGUUAUCCAGUGGAAAACAUUCAUCAAUUUUCCAGAAUUUCAACUAAUUGCUGUUUUUUUAUAGUUAAAAAUGGUAUUUGAACAAUUUAAAAACAUUUCCAUACAGGAAAAAAACAGGAGAAACCUUGAUCCGUCUUUUAAUUGUGUAUUAACAUCGAUUUUAAAAAUAUUGCUCCGUUAUUUAGGGAAAAAUCAAAAACCAUAAAGCGAGGAAAUUCAUCCCAUCUCACCUCAAUCGAAGAAGGUAUUCUUGUAACAUCCAAAUCGAAUAAACUUUAAUUUUCCAAAAUAAAUUCGACGAACAGAGGUCAAAUUUUGAGAAAAGCUGGCAGAAACUCAAUUUUUAAACAUGUCUUAUAUGGGAUAUAGUAUAUUGAGCAUUCAUCCAUAAUACCAGGAGCACUAACUGGCAUUUAAAAAAUUUGAAAAUAUUGAUUAGCUGCUGGUGGAAAAAAUUCUGAAUUUUCGAUAAGGAACAGGAACAAGUUCAACCACUACAAAAGUCUAUUGAUAUAAGUAAUACAAUUGCUUUCAAAAGUUUAUUUGUAAGUUCUUGUGUAUAUCAGACAUCUGCAAUGAAGCAAGAGAUCAAAAUGACACUUUUGGCUUUAAAAUUGACAUUAGAUGUCAUUAGUACGAGAAAUUCUUACAACUCGACAUCAAAGUGUCUUACAAAUCGCUCCCCGCUACUCCCCGCGGGGAGAUUCCGUUCAAAUGCUCGUUUACGUAUGCAGAAUUGGUUAAAGAGAAAUGCAACUGCCAAGAGCUGCCAAAACAAUAGCGCCAUGAUGAUAUGUGUACAGUAAAAUUGUAAGAAAAAUAUCAAUUUUGUUCGGAUUUUGUUCGAAGAUAUCGACACAAAAUGAAAAUGCCUUUAAAAUGAAAUUGAGCGCUAAAUCAUGUACCAAUACAUUCAUAAAGGCUAAACUUGCAGACUACUAUGAUUUGACAAUUUUUGUCAGGUAUUUUCAAAUCUGAGUAAGCAAAUUGGCUGUAAUUUCCCCACCAAAUGAGUUGGCGACGACUGGCAGCAAAAUGUUCUUCUUUUCCCCACGAGGGAAGAUAACACUAGUUAACAAAAUAAAACAAAAGUCGUGAACUUCUCAACGGCAUUUGUUUUAAUGAUUGAUUACGUGCUGAUUUCGAGACAUUUUUUUUUUAGUGAACAAUUUUUCAGUUUUACCUGAAAAUCAAACCCUACUGUUUUAUUAAACAUGGAAUUUACUAAAAUUUGAAUACCUUGCAUUGCCAGUCAGUCAAUCUUCAAUCUUUUUACAUUUAUUGAAAGCUGAAUAAAAUAUGUUUCGAACAUCUGAACACAAUGUUUGCGUCGGAUUGAUGAAAAUCGAGAAAUUGGUCAGCUUUUUUUUUUUAUUUUGGCAAAAUUUUCAAAAAAAAAACAAAAUAAAUUUCAAUAAAAAAAAACAAUAAGAAAAAUCUUUCACAGCGUUAAUGCAGCGUUCAAUGAGUUGUAAGCGAGUAAGAGUAAACACUUUAACUCAAUCGGAGCAUUGAUGACGGCGAAUGAGAUGCACAAAGUGAGCUAUUUGCAUGAAAAUAAAACACAAAUUGGUUUUGAAUUAUCAGCCUAGUAUGGAGGGUCGAAAGCAUGUCCGCUCUACUAUUAUUUUUUUCCAUCAUGUUUUCAAACUAAGAGCAUGAUUCUACACUAAGAAUGAUCAUCUGCUUACCGAGUUCCAAAGUGCUGUGAACUAGUGUAACAUGUGCGAACGGAUUUUUUUUUCGUCUACCCUUCUCCCAGAUGUGAUGGAUGCUCUGUUCAAGUCGCAGCUCCAUCACGAAUGGUGGUUUGUUAUCUGUUAGUUGAUGUGUGGCGAAGCAGUUUUUUUUUCAAAUGAUUCAUUCGCAAUAAACAUACUAUCGAACAUUGCUGUUAGAAGAUAUAUAGAAAUUAGGAAACGAAAAAAAUAAGGCAUUUAAGAACCCAAAAAGUGGGUAACUUUGGAAGUGCAGCAGGAGGUAGAUCCAGAUAGAAUGUUUGCAUGCUGCACUAGAUUAGUGUUACUUUUAAUCACCCAAGUAGUCAGUAUUUGUUCAGCUUACAAUACCUGUACAAGUUUAAUUCGAGGUCCCCAAAUUCAUAUUUGGUGCCAGAAGUCUUGUUCAUAAACAUUUGGAGGAAUUUGAAAAAAAAAAUGUCAAGGCUAGAAAUAAUGCAUAAAGAUGUGGCAAUUUCCUAUCGGAGUUAGAAAUAUGCUUAGUAAAUGGAAAAUUUAACUAAAAAAGCAUUUAUUCCAAAGUUGACCGGUUCAAAGUCAUGUGUAGCUGGUAGAGGAAUUUUGAGCUCCACAUUGUUUGUAGAUUUCAUGCAAAACGUGGAUUUUUGAAAAUGUAACAAACUGCGACAAGAAAAACAGUAAAGAAUAAUCGGUUCAUUUAAAUAUUGAUGAAACUCGAUUUCCAUGAUCCUUUAUAUCUCUUCGUAGCUAUAUUUGAGCAGUUUAACCAAAACAAAGUUCGUAAUCAGAAACAGAUUCAUUGGAAAUGGUGAUUUUAAUAUUUCAUGAGCAAGUUUAUGCUGAACAAUGCUACCCCAUUUUACGGUAUGUUUGUUUUGUACUUAGAACUGCUCCACUGCAAUGCCAUAUGUAUGUUUGCAAAUUCGGGUUGAGAUAAAGUUCCAAAAAUUCCCAAUACGAACAGUGGGUUCAGUUGAAAACACAAGGGCAUAUUUUAGGUUGAUAUUAGUAAAGUUUUGAAAUUAAAUUAUGCUUAAAAAUAUUUGUUUUGAAUUUUUAAAUUAUCUUUUACAACACAAAAAAUAAAAAAAAACAUAUGAUGCCUUUCAUCAUUUUGAAAACUAAACCAUGAGAGUCUGAGCUUUGAAAAAUUUUUCGAGCUACCUCUCGAAAGAUUGUUCUUUUUUAUGCGUCGUUUAUUUUGUUGCAAAAGUGAGACUAACUUUGUGCUGUGUUCGUCAAUUGUGCAAACAACGCUACAUUUACUUUCCGUUGGAUUGAAACGAUUUCAAUUUUGAGCUUUGAAUUGAUCCCAUUGUGCGGUCGCAGCUGUUAUCGCAAUUCUCGCCGAUGAUUUUUUUUUCUCGCCGCCUAUGCAUAAACCACAUAGAAUCAAACCUAGGGUGGACCACGCUUGGGUGAAAAACUCAAAUCUGAAAAGGUUUUGAACUCUCAGUUUUUUUUUUUAAUAUAAUUGUAAUAUUUUACAGAAGAAAGUAGAAAAACUCGAUGUAAUUCAAGUCAGAGCGAUUCAAGAGUGUCAAGCUUAUUUUUUCAAUUUGAUGUGCUUAAAGAGUAUAUUUUUGUUUUUUUUUCUAUGAACGCCACUUUGACCAUAAUCGUAUCUACACCACAACUAAUAAUGGCUGUAUUUAUAGGCGUUGUACAGACGAACAGACGAACCACCUUGAAAGGUGUCCUUGAAAUAUUUCCAUCUUUUCUGAUGCACAUGUUGCACAAAACGCGCUUUCACGAUACAGAAGGCACUAGUGAUAAAUUUCAAAACGAAAGAAAGGCAUGAACUCCAAACCACAGACAAACAGACGUCUUACUCUACUUACUUCCCAUCGUUUCCUUUUUUUAACGAACAAUUUAAAUGUUUUGUAGUUCGCAAAUCUCUCGCUCAUGGCGCUCGCAUCGUUGUCGCUCCUGUUUGUCGUUUGCCCACCACCGCCAUCUACUCAGUGAGUUUGCGAAAUGUAACGUGGUUAGCAUUGGGCGAUUAUGUUUUCGUGACGAUGAUUUUAAUCGCAUUUUGUUCCAAGUGAUACAUCUGUUGUUAUGUGUCCAAACAAUCAUCGAAUGCGUGGUCGAUGGAAGUCUCACCAGUGUAUAAUAUAAUGUUAAACGAUUUUUAGAGCGAAUAUGAAGUUACCAGAGGUACCAGAAACCACAGGUUAGUCUUCAAUCGAUGCUUAUAAUUAUUAUUGAAUUUUAAAACUAACUUCAGCUUUCCAAGAUUUUUCUUUUUUCAUGCAUAAGAUUUGUCGCGUUUUGGCAUGGUAACCAAGCAAGGUAAUCAAAUGAACAUGAAUUUAACUGACCUCAUAAUUUGCAGUUGUGCUCCGUGAUUGACCAGAACAAUCGAAAAUGUACAAGAAAUCAACAAACGUAGUGUGGGAGCUGACUACCGUUUACAAUUGACAGCUUUGAGAGUUCUCAGCUUAACCAAGUGCUGUAAGUCACGUUCUGACAAAUCUGUUAACAAGGAGUUCAUUCCGGCAUAUGCAGCGUUGGUCAUUUCAUUUUUUUUUAAUAAAUACAACUUUCCACCUCUACAAUUACCAUACUUAAACAAUUGUUGUUCAAGUAAUCUAGAACGUACGUUGAAUGUAAAAACAAUAGCAUGGAACGAGCUCACCUAUAGAUAUGCAUCCAUCCAACGCUCCAUCGCUGUUCGAAUGCAAUACUCAGACAUUUUGUUCAGCUGCAUAACUAUCACAACCCGAAGAAUGCAGCGAACAAGGCGAAAAAAGAAAAAUAAUAAUCAACGAAUUCACGCCCAUGCGACUCUGUCAUGGCAUGCUUUUUAUCUGACAAGCGGUAGCACACUCAGAAGUCAACACUGUUUACAAAUAAAAAAAAUCACAUAAAAUUCACUACAAUCAAAAAUCGGAAUCAAUCCACAUUUUCAAGCAGAGAACGAUAUUGCUGAAAUACCGCACCACCCUAAUUCUACUCUGAAGUUCUGAAUCACCGCAAACGUAUAAAAAGCGAUCGGGACAACUCCUCAAACAUCAAACAUCAGUUCUACCAGUGAAAGUGAAGUCGAUCGAAAAUUCGUUCAGGAUGCAAGUAAUUUUGGCUAUACUAAUUGUGAUGAUUUCACUCAACGGCCUAAAACCGUUCACUGUGUCAAAUGAUCCAAACUGGGAAAAUUCAAUUAAUAUACAUGACUUCAACUGGCCUGCUGAUGCAGCCUCGAUGGGAUACAUCCCAGAACAUAAAACAAGUUUUAAUUUUUUUAAUUCAAUUGUGGACAUACUGCCAUAUAAUUUCACUGAGCCAUUUGAGAAGUGCGAGAGAAUUGGAUUUGAAAAUGGAUUGGUUAAAUCAAUCCACAUUAAUCCUAAGUUGUAUUUAAUUAAUUUAUACAAAACAUCUACUGAAAAUGUGAUUAUUAAACCUGAUAUGUUCUACAAACUGGGCAUUUUCCGGUGUAUAAAAACAAAAUUGACAAAAAUCCCUGAGAACCUCGAUCGGUUAAAACAUUUGAAAGUUUUAAAUCUUGAAGACAACUUGAUAGAAACAGUUCAAAUGGACCAGUUAAAUGGGUUGGACAAUUUGGAAAAACUUUUUCUUUCUUCUAAUAAAAUAAAACACAUUUACUGUGACGGUCCGGCGAGUCUGCCAUCGCUCACUGAAAUGGAUCUGGACAAAAAUCGACUUCAACAUUUUGACGUCUGUAAUUGGAACAUGCCUUCGCUUUCCCACCUUAAUCUCCAAGUUAACAAUUUGACACAUUUCGCAAUUCAUCAAUUUCCUACGCUACAAGCAUUAAGAAUUUAUGAAAACCCAGUGAACUGCGCUUGGACAGAUAGUUUAAAGAAUACGUCAAUACGGCUCUAUUCCCGAACAUCUUGUGACGAGAAAAGUGUGGGUGCCUUUGAAUUGGAUUGUCCACCAACUAAUCAUCAAUUGAAGCAGCAGAUUUCUAGUGUUUCCGACAGAAUGCAAAAAAUUGAAGACCUGCUGCAAAAUCUAAUCGCAAAAAUUAUUGAACAGCAAAAUGUCUCUAAUGACAUCAUUGAGGCGAUGUAUCGAAUUGAAAUAGAAAGAGCUUCCAAUCACAGGAAGAAAAUUCCAUAACUUUCUAAAUAAUAAUGUAUAUAUUUAUUGAAUAACAUAGACCUAAGUAUAAAAAAAAUCUUUGUAUCGAGCUUAAGUUCAUUAUUAAAUAAACGUCAUUCAGAAAAAAAUAGCUUUUCACAGUUCUUUUAGUUUGCCUUGUGAAAAAUAUCACUUCAUUUCCCGUUCUUUUGUUGUGCUACAUAUGAUGGAAAAUCCGCUGAUGAAACAGUUUGCAAUGUACUCUCAAUCGACACUUUUGUUUUGGAUGAAAAUUUAUUUAGCAACAUCUGGUAGAAUUCCUCGAAAAACCUUAUGAGAAACUUUUGGAGGAACUCUAGAAGUAAUUUCAACUUAAACUUCCUUUAGAAAUUUUUGGAGAAAUUGUGGGAAUUUUUAGAGAAAUCCGUCGAAAACUUUCUGAGGAUUUUCUGAAGAAAUUCUUGUUAGAACUCAGAAAUUACAGAAGAAUUUCAUGAAAAAUGCCAAAGUAUAGAUUCUGGGAAAAUUUCUGCUGGAAUCCCUGCGAAAUUCUUUGGAGAAGUUCUGAAAGAAUCUUGUUUUAGAACAUUUUAUGAAAAAUAUUAAAAUAAAUGCUUGAAGAAUAGUCUGAAUGAACCCUUAGCAAUCUUUGCAGGAACCUCUGUAGAAACCU